CGCCACGCGCUCGACGAUGAACUCGUCGGCCACAGUCUCUUGUUCUCUGGUCGUAUGCGCGAGCCCCUUGUGCUCUGGUCGUAUGCGUGUACCCCGCGCAUGCUCGAUCGGCGUCGCGAACUUUGCUCGUUCUCGAUUAGCGUCGCAAACCCUGUUCAUCCUCGAUCACCGCCGCAGACCAGCUCCCCUUACACCGCCAAGCGCCACCUCACAUUACCGCUCUCUCCCCUUCCGCUUCUGGCGAGCUUCUCCCCGCUCUUCACGUUGUCAACGUAUCCGCCAAGCAUGCCCGCAUCCCACACCAUCGCUCUUACUCCCUCCGCCUCUCCCAGCCUCCCUGCAACCCGCUCAAGCUAACAGGGUAUCGAC